AUGCUCAACUUAAUCAUCAAGCGCGCUUAUGCUUCUGGUUCGGUGGUCCCUGGGGCCAGGUUGGGAAGGCCAAGUAACAAUUUAACCAGCGGUAUAGUAGGCCUUGCUAAUGUAGGCAAAUCCACUUUUUUCCAGGCGAUAACGAACUCUAGUCUAGGCAAUCCGGCAAAUUAUCCCUUUGCUACGAUUGACCCGGAAGAGGCCAAAGUAAUAGUGCCCUCGAAACGUUUAGACCAUUUGCAACGGUUGUGGGACAGUAAAAAAAAGGUUCCCGCGGUAUUAACAAUAUAUGACAUCGCAGGUCUCACUCGAGGUGCGUCGCAAGGAGAGGGAUUGGGUAACAAGUUUUUAAAUGAUAUUAGACACGUUGACGGCAUCUUUCAAGUUGUUCGCGGUUUCUCGAAAACUGAUAUCACUCACAUCGAGGGCUCGGUAAACCCCACUAGAGACCUCAGCAUUGUUCAGGACGAGCUAGUAUUGAAGGACUUGGAAUUUCUGGAGGGCAUACGCGAGAAACUAGAGAAGAAAAUGACAAAGACGGCCAAGAACUCAAUGGACUACAAAAGCAUGGAGACCGAGGUGCAACUUUUAAACUCGCUGGAGGAUCACAUGUAUGAAGGAAAGAAGAUCGCCCAUUUCAAAUCUGAAUGGACCCACGAGGAGGCUGCUAUUCUCAACAAGCACAACUUUUUGACAGCGAAACCCUCUAUUGUGCUGUUAAAUGUUAGUCCGAAGGAUUACCUGCUGCAGAAAAACGUUCAUCUGAAGGACGUUUUUGACUGGAUCUCGAAAAACUCUCCGGGUGACAAGCUUCUUCUUUUCAGCGCGGAAUACGAGACAAACUGGAAUAGAUUCACGGCGGUGGGAGAUAAGCAAGGUUUUUACGAGUAUUUUCGCUCACUCAUCGGUGACGCUACACACAGCGUGCUGCACGACCACUCAUGCCUUCCCGAUCUUAUUAGGGAGAUGCGCAAAAGCCUAGGACUUAUCAGUUUCUUUACGUGUGGACCUCUAGAGGCGAGACAAUGGACUUUGAGAGCGGGUGGACUAGCACCCGAGGCUGCCGGCGUCAUUCAUUCUGAUCUGCAAAAGACUUUCAUCUCUGCCGAUGUUACCAAAUUUGCUGAUUUGCAGAAGCUGGCUGCCCCAUUAAACGAGUCGCAGUUAAAGGCCAAUGCACUGGUCAAGAGGGCUGGAAAACAGUACUUGAUCGAAGACGGAGAUGUCGUUCUUUUCAAAGCUGCAAAGGGGAAUUUAAGGUGA